UUUUUGAAUCAACGAUCCAGUUUUUUUUCAUUCCUCAAGUUCCUAUUUCUUCUAAAUGUGAGUAGGGUAAAAUUCUUUUUUCAUCUCAGCUUGGGGGUAAAAUUUGUAGCUUAGAUAACAAAAAAAAUUUCGAUUAAAAAAAAACAAACACCUCUCUCAAUAUUUAGAGGUGGCCCACUAAUUUUGAAAAUUAUUAAGGAAUGUGAAUUGCCGAAUAUCAUAGAUAUAUACAUAGGAUAUGAUCGUUUCCAACUGAACUUCUACUCUGAUACAAAAACAGAGAUAUGUAGUUUAAAAUUUUGUUUGGAAGAAUAUCCUGAAGAUGUUGAUAUCAGUCUUCUAGGGUAGCUUAAACAUUUCCAUAUCUACGUGAAGACACACCAUACAGCCAAUGAACGUAACUCAAACCACAGGAUCUAUACCAAAUAAUUUUUCAAGAUAAACUAAAUUUGGCAUUUCCUGAUGUACAGACAACGUUACGGUUGUUUUUGAGUCUGAUGGUUACCAAUUGUUCAGGGAAACGAUCUUUUUCGCAGUUGAAGCGUUUAGAAAAUGAACUGCGGACAACCCUGCUCCAAGAAAGAUUAUCGGACCUUGCUAUCUUGUGUAUAGAAGCCUAAAAACUUCGGACUUUAUCAUUUGAAGAUAUUAUUGUUCACUUUGCGGAGCUCAAGUCUCGUAAAAAAACUUUGCAGCAAUAAGUAUAAAUGAAAAAUAUGAAAGGACAAUGAAAAAAUAUAUAAAAGCAAAGAACAGAAAGAAAACAAAAUAAAAGCAACAAAUACAAAAAAAAAGGUUGACGCAGAAAACACGAAAAAAAAGAAAUAGUUAAAAACCACAGAAAAAAUGAGUAAAAACAAAACCCCAUCGAUAGAUUUCUACGUUGUCACGGGAAUUGGGCUUGAUUCACUAAGAGGAAUCAUGAUAAAUACAUUUACAUAUCGUUUUGGGGCCUCCAACAUAUUAUAGCUUAGGGCCUUCGUAUAACUUUUUGUUAAUUCGGCCCUGUCCCAAGCUAAUUGUAAGAGAGAAAAGAAAAUUUUGUUUUUUUGCCCCACCCUACUUUGGACGUGAUGCGAAGUUACAUGUAUACGUGCUCGGCGCUACACUAGUUAUGCUUGAAUAUUAUACAUGCCGCAUUGUUUUGCACGGGAGGUGGCUUUUGGGCAGCUACUUGUUACGUCUGGAGGGGAACAGUACUUUUAAACCUAAUAUUGAACUAUUGCUUCUUCGGCGUAACGAUGAUUUACAAUCUUACAAUCAGUGGCACACGCGCAUACCAGAGGUGAAGCUGAGCGUUGCGAUAGAGGGUGCAAGAAACGCCUGGUCGCGUACCGGGAAAAUGCCAUUUAGAAAUUUCGCAAAAUGAAUAACGGUCGCCCAUCCUCUUAGCUGUCGCCUACCGUCGUGACAGUAGCAGAGCAACAGCCUUGGGAGAACUAUAGUGCUCCAGCUAGUAGCCUCAUUGUCAGUGCGACGAACUGUAUCGUGCUUCUCAUUGCUACUGCAGCCAAUCGAUGAAAAAACAAAAUACUGAUGUGUGUCAACUACAAAAUGGGGAAUAGUCUGGACUUGAAAAUAGAAGAGUUCGUAAAACAUCUUCAGCGGUUGUUAUUGGGCGUCGACGACGAAACGAGAAAACGUUCAUCAAUCAUUAAAGUGAACAAUGAUAAUCUAUCGACACAUGGGGCUCUUUGUUUUCCUACUUGCAUCGAGACUUGGAAGAAAGUAUUUCCAAAAAGUUUAGAGCCCGGCUUACGUUGUAGAGAUAUAUUGGAAUACUACCUUAUUAGAAACGGAAUCGCAUACGAUGACGAGCAGAUCACAGAAAAGGCUUUCCAGAGCGUGAUUCGAGCAAGUAGCGAUUGGUAUACAAAAAUUGCGAAGUGCGUCAUUGAGAACAAAAGAGUUAGCGUUUUUUUGAACAGAGAACAAACUUUUGCUAAUACCGUCUCUCGAGUUCUGGCUCGAGGUGACAGCUACGGAGAGUUUGAGUCGAGAAAUGAGUGCUUUUAUUUUAAUGUCAUCCCAGACAGAAACUCUGAGCUAACAAAUCUAAGAUUACGUCUAAUUAAAGGUGUGACUGAGAAUGUACUAAAGGCUCAUGGAUGCCAAAUGUCCAAUAAUAUCAAUAGCCAAAAUUAUAACAUCACUGUUAGGUCUGGAAAUAAUGUCUCCGAAAAUGAAUCUAAAGUAUUACUCUGCGGCGUCGUAAAGAGCAUGGAGACAAAAGCAAAGGAUACAGCUCUCACAGAAGCAGAAUAUUUGAGACAAAGACUGGCAGAAUUAUCCAAAAUGUCAAAUCACAAACGCAUUAUCUCUGGUGAGCACGGAUGCCCCAACACUGUACUGUUCCAGCAAAUUGCAGAUGCUGCGAUUGCGCUUGAAUUUUUGGCCGUGAGACCAAAUCGUGCUCUGACAAUCUCUUCAAGUUCUGCGUUAUACAAGAGUUCUCUUAACCUUAAGGGCUCCUUAUUCAUCCUCUACAACACAGCCAGAAUUUCAGCCAUAUUUCAUAAAUUUGAAGACGAAUGUUCUAAUGGGAAUUAUCCAAGUUUACCAAAUAUUGAGAAUGUGGAUUUCUCACUAUUAGAUCAAGAGGAAGAGUGGGAGCUGUUGUACAAUUUUCUACUUGGCUAUCCAGAGAUGCUUAAAAGUUGUGCGCGAUUAGAUGUAAACCUGGAAAUUUGCCCGCAGUAUAUUUGUUCGUUUUUGUCGCACUUGUGUAAUAAAUUUAGCGCAUAUUAUCGACGAGUUCGGAUCCUAACCGAGGGAAGAGAUCAUUUGAUGCCAACGAUGAUGGCUAGAUUGUACCUACUCAAGGCUGUACAAAUAGUGACGUGUAACGCUUUGAGGUUAAUAAAUACAAAUCCAGUUUCGCAGAUGUAAGGAUAAUUCUUGUGCUUCAAGAUAAGCGAAUUACACGAGACCGUAGUUUAUGAUUAUAACCAUGGAAGAAAGUUCUGAUGUUAUUUUGUGAUUAUUGUGAAUUGACCUCACCUCACAGUGACCUUAAUAUAAUUUGUGGAGGAAACAA